GCAGAGCUAGGCGUGCAGGCGGACGGACACAUGGAGCCCGGCAGCCAGUGGCGGAAUCUUCCUAGCGGGCCUAACCUAAAGCACUUGACCGAUCUCUACUACAGGAUCCCGCAGGAGCAGCAAAAGCCAGCGUUGCAGGAGCUGACCAGGGCACAUGUUGAGUCCUUUAACUACGCCGUGCGAGACGGGCUCAGCCAUGCGGUACAGGCUAUCCCUCCCUUUGAAUUUGCUUUCAAAGAUGAACGUAUCUCUCUUACCAUUGUGGAUGCUGUCAUCAGUUCACCCACAGUUCCAAAAGGGAGCAUCUGCAAAGAGCUCAAAGUUUAUCCAGCAGAAUGCCGGGGCCGGAGGAGUACCUAUCGGGGAAGGCUGACAGCUGAUAUCAGCUGGGCAGUGAAUGGAAUCUCAAAAGGAAUCAUUAAACAGUUUCUUGGCUAUGUUCCUAUCAUGGUGAAGUCCAAGCUUUGCAACUUAUACAACCUUCCUCCAAAAGCCCUCAUCGAGCACCAUGAGGAACCAGAGGAAAUGGGAGGUUACUUUAUAAUCAAUGGCAUUGAAAAAGUCAUCCGAAUGUUGAUUAUGCCUCGGAGAAAUUUCCCCAUCGCAAUGAUAAGACCAAAAUGGAAAAGUAGAGGCCCUGGCUAUACUCAUUAUGGAGUUUCAAUGCACUGUGUGAGGGAAGAACAUUCUGCUGUCAAUAUGAACCUUCACUAUGUGGAAAAUGGCACAGUUAUGUUGAACUUCAUUUACAGAAAAGAACUGUUUUUUCUUCCUUUGGGAUUUGCACUGAAGGCACUGGUCAGUUUUUCUGAUUAUCAGAUUUUCCAGGAGCUCAUCAAAGGAAAAGAAGAUGACUCUUUUUUUAGGAACUCUGUUUCUCAGAUGAUAAGGAUUGUAACAGAAGAGGGCUGUUCCACACAAAAACAGGUCCUUAACUAUCUAGGUGAAUGCUUCAGAGUAAAGCUCAAUCUUCCUGAAUGGUACCCCAAUGAACAAGCAGCAGAGUUUCUGUUUGACCAAUGCAUCUGUAUCCACUUAAAUUCCAAUACUGAAAAGUUUUAUAUGCUGUGUCUCAUGACCCGGAAACUCUUUGCUUUAGCCAAAGGAGAGUGCAUGGAGGAGAAUCCUGAUAGUUUAAUGAAUCAAGAAGUCCUUACACCUGGUCAGCUCUUCCUUAUGUUUCUAAAGGAGAAAAUGGAAGCUUGGUUAGUGUCUAUUAAAAUAGCUAUAGACAAGAGAGCUCAGAAGACUAAUGUGUCCAUAAACAAUGAAAAUUUGAUGAAGAUUUUUAAUCUGGGAUCAGACCUUACAAAACCAUUUGAAUAUCUUCUUGCUACUGGGAAUCUGCGUUCUAAAACAGGUCUUGGCUUCCUACAAGAUUCUGGACUGUGUGUUGUGGCUGACAAGCUGAACUUCAUACGCUAUCUCUCCCAUUUCCGCUGUGUGCACAGAGGGGCUGAUUUUGCCAAGAUGAGGACCACCACAGUACGCAGGCUGCUGCCAGAGUCCUGGGGUUUCCUUUGUCCCGUGCACACCCCAGACGGGGAGCCCUGUGGUUUGAUGAACCACCUAACUGCUGUAUGUGAGGUUGUCACGCAGUUUGUGUAUACAACGUCUAUUCCAGCCUUGCUCUGCAAUUUGGGGAUCACUCCAGUUGAUGGAGCUCCACACCAACCAUACAGUGAGUGCUAUCCUGUCCUGUUGGAUGGAGUCAUGAUUGGCUGGGUGGAGAAGGAGCUUGCUCCUGGCAUUGCAGAUUCUCUCCGGCAUUUUAAGGUAUUGAGAGAAAAAAGAAUUCCUCCCUGGAUGGAGGUGGCUCUUAUCCCCAUGACAGGAAAACCCAGUCUGUACCCAGGACUAUUCCUUUUCACCACUCCUUGUAGACUGGUACGGCCUGUGCAAAACUUGGAAUUGGGCAAAGCAGAACUAAUUGGAACUAUGGAACAGAUCUUCAUGAACAUUGCUAUCUUUGAGGAUGAGGUUUUUGCUGGAGUUACUACACACCAGGAGCUCUUCCCUCACAGUUUGCUGAGUGUGAUCGCCAACUUCAUCCCUUUCUCUGAUCACAACCAGAGUCCACGGAACAUGUACCAGUGCCAGAUGGGUAAACAAACUAUGGGCUUUCCACUUCUUACUUACCAAGACAGAUCAGAUAAUAAACUGUAUCGUCUUCAGACUCCACAGAGUCCUUUAGUCAGACCAUACAUGUAUGAUUAUUAUGACAUGGAUAACUAUCCCAUUGGGACAAAUGCCAUCGUUGCUGUUAUUUCUUACACUGGCUAUGAUAUGGAAGAUGCCAUGAUUGUGAAUAAGGCCUCUUGGGAACGAGGCUUUGCCCAUGGGAGUGUGUACAAGUCUGAGUUCAUUGAUCUGUCUGAAAAAAUUAAACAAGGAGAUGAUAGUCUGGUGUUUGGAGUCAAACCUGGUGAUCCACGGAUUUUGCAGAAAUUAGAUGACGAUGGGUUGCCGUUUAUUGGAGCGCAGUUACAGUAUGGAGACCCGUAUUACAGCUACCUCAACCUCAAUACUGGGGAAAGCUUUGUGGCAUACUAUAAGAGUAAAGAAAAUUGUGUUGUGGAUAACAUCAAAGUGUGUAGUAAUGACAGUGGAAGUGGAAAAUUCAAAUGUGUUUGCAUCACCAUGAGAGUCCCUCGGAAUCCAACUAUCGGAGAUAAAUUUGCCAGUCGUCAUGGGCAGAAGGGCAUUUUGAGCAGGUUGUGGCCAGCUGAGGACAUGCCUUUUACUGAGAGUGGGAUGGUCCCAGACAUUCUAUUUAAUCCUCAUGGUUUUCCAUCCCGUAUGACCAUUGGCAUGCUGAUUGAGAGUAUGGCGGGGAAGUCUGCAGCUUUGCACGGUCUCUGUCAUGAUGCUACACCCUUCAUCUUUUCAGAGGAGAACUCGGCCUUAGAAUACUUUGGUGAGAUGUUAAAGGCUGCUGGCUACAAUUUCUAUGGCACUGAGAGAUUGUAUAGUGGCAUCAGUGGGCUAGAACUGCAAGCAGACAUUUUCAUAGGCGUGGUUUAUUAUCAACGUCUACGCCACAUGGUCUCUGACAAGUUUCAAGUUAGAACAACAGGAGCCAGAGACAAAGUCACCAACCAGCCUAUUGGGGGAAGAAAUGUCCAGGGUGGAAUCCGUUUUGGAGAGAUGGAGCGUGAUGCUCUUUUAGCCCAUGGUACAUCUUUUCUCCUUCAUGACCGCCUCUUCAACUGCUCUGACCGUUCAGUAGCCCACGUGUGUGUCAAGUGUGGUAGCUUACUCUCUCCACUGCUGGAGAAGCCACCCCCUUCUUGGUCUACCAUGCGCAACAGAAAAUACAACUGCAGUCUUUGUAAUCGAAGUGACACUAUCGACACUGUUUCUGUGCCUUACGUUUUUCGGUAUUUUGUAGCAGAACUGGCAGCUAUGAACAUCAAAGUGAAGUUGGAUGUUGUUUAACUUGAUGAUGGUCUUUUGGUUUAGGAGCUGUGUCAGAUGAAAAUAAAAUGUAAGUUUAAUUUUAUGAAGACAAUUAUUUAGGUUACU